AUGAAGAAAAGCUUGAUCGCAAUUUUUGCCUGCCCACUGAUCUUUAACGCUGCGUAUUCCUUAAGUCUAAGCGGCGUGAAUGAAAAUUUUUCUGACCAUUUGACCAGGGAUAAUAGUGACGAAAAUGGCAAUUUAAAUUUAAUGCAAAAUAGCCUUCCUCACAGAACUAAACGACGGUAUAGCAGCAAUUUAAGCAAUGAAUCAGAUAGUGUCAUGCAACCCGGUGAAAUGCGCAGAGACAGUUCUGUAUAUUUAGAUUUCACAUCUCAUAAUGCACAUUCAGAAGGAGAUUCUUCAUCCAAUGCUUCUGGUGCUGCGGUAGGUAAAGGCAGAAAUACCUUCCAAAGCUCACACAAAACUACACCAAGUAGCACAGAACAAGAAGCUGUGAAUGAUAGCACCCAUCAGAGGGCAAAAACGCACCGUAAGUACACCACUUGGACUACAAGAGGUGAAAAACAAGAAAAAGCACGUUCUGUUCGAAGUAGAAAUGAUGUUAAAAGGAACGGGACUGGGAUGGGAUUAUCUAGGAAAGAUGCCACACACAGCAAGCUUCAACUAACCAAUUUUGAAGACGACGUGGUUGAAAGUGGGGAUGAAGGCGAUGAUUUCUCAAAAACGGAUGCUGACUUAGGUGAUGACUCCAUCGACAAUAUGUUCGACGGUGACGACAUGUCCGACUAUUUGUCUGGCGAUGACAACACGUCCGACUAUUCGUUUGGCGGUGACGACAUGUCCGACAAUUUGUCUGGCGGUAACGACAUGUCCGACUAUUUGUCUCGCGAUGACAACACGUCCGACUAUUCGUUUGGCGGUGACGACACGUCGGACUAUUCGUUUGGCGGUGACGACACGUCCGACUAUUCUUUUGGCGGCGAUGAUGACUUAGGUAGCGAUUCCGCCGAUAAUCUGUCUAGCGACGAGGGGGAUAGUUUGAUGAACACCGAUGAUGACUUAGGUGAUGAUUCUGUUGACAAUCUUCUUAACAGUGAAGAGGAUAACUUGAUGGACGAUGCUGCGGACAAUUUGCUAAACGACGAAGAUAGCGACAGCUUGCUGGAUGCCGUCGAAGGUGACCUCGGCGAAGGAUCAGUGGAUAAUUUAUUCAGCGAUGAAGGGAGCAGUUUGAUGCAAAUUGAUGAUGAUUUAGGUGACAAUUCUGCAGAUAAUUUGUUCAGCGAUGAGGAAGACAGGCUGGUGCAGACCGGUACUGAAAAGAUUGACAACGAUUUUGCGGAUAAUUUUCUAAGCGCGGAAGAUGGCGACAGUUUGAUGGAUCCCACCCAAGAUGAUCUUGGUGAUGGCUCCAUCGACCAUUUGUUUACCGAUGACAUCGAUAGCGGCGGUAAUUCAUUUAGCAUCCGGAGUGGAGAUCUAGGUGGAGAUCUAGGUGGAGAUCUAGGUGACGAUCUAGGUGACGAUAUACGUGGCGACAAUUUACUUAAGGAUGGUCACUACGAGUCAGAUAAUAGCGGAGACGCCUCACUUGACGACGCUGCGGAAGAUUCUUUAACUGAUGAGGAAGACGUGUUAGGCGGAAUUCGGGAUGACCUACCCCUUGAUGAUCCAUUGGAUAAUGUGCGUUCUACAUACAGUAGAGGUAGCAGCAGCUUGCAUACAUAUGACAAGAAUAAUUCGAUAAGUAACGACUUAUUGCAUACAACGGCGGAUGCCAGCGCGUACAAGGAGUUAGACGGAAGAAAGGAUGUGGAUGUAAGUGAAGCGACUAAUUAUAGGAACAAGAAAGGAGACCCUUCUGUAAAGAACAAAAAGGGCGUCUUCAUGGAUAAUCCGAAUUUAUCUCACGAAAUGGGGGAAAAUGCCAAAUCUGAUCUUAGGGGGGAUGCCCAACUUAGGAACAAAAGCGAAGUAGUCGUGAUAGAUCCAUCACUCUCUAGUAGCAGAAAGGAAAACCUCGAGGAAGCAAAAAAUGAUAAUAUGCUGAACUCCAAGCAGACAAACCGUUCUGCCACCACAAUGGAUUCAAAGGAGAGGGAUAAUUCCGCAGGCACUUCAAGCGGUAGCAAUGGAGCGAAUGCCCUAGCAGAACCCUCUUCUAAGAAAUUGGCAAAUAGUGGCCAAGCCGACCCUAAUGGUGCGUUGAGCUUGAAGAGUAAGACGGAUCCCGCGGAGAGGAGCGCACCAGAAUCGCCAAAGGGAAGCAAAAGGGACAACAAAAAGGAGAGUGUCGAAGGUGCAGUAAGCAAGAGGGAUAAGGAAAAGGGAAAGAGCACCAAAAAGGACAGUGAAAAGGGGACUAUCAAAGGUGCUGUAAGAAAGAGUGAUAAGGAAAAACAAAAGGGCAGCAAAAAGGACAGCAAAAAAGACAGCAGGAAGGAGAGUGUCCAAGGUGCACUAAAAAAGAGCGAUAAGGAGAAACCAAAAAAAACCAAAAAGGGAACCAAAGAGGACACCAAAAAGGACAUUGUCAAAGGUUCACUAAGCACGAGGGAUGAGGAAAAGCCAAACAGCAGCAAAAAGGACACCAAAAAGGACAGCAAGAAAAAACCCACUGCUUAUAAAAAUCCAGAUAAUAGCCACAGUGGCACUAAUGGUACAGGGAAUAGUAACCGAAAGAAUGAUUCAAGGGGAAGGCCUAGAGUUGAAAAGGAAUCCACUCGCCAGGAAAAGGUAAGCACCAGCAGCAACAACAACAACAGCAGCAAUAGCGGUCGUGUCCAAACGAAUAAGGGGAAGAAAACUGACGCAGAAGGAAAGGCCAUUACCAUAAAGGAGAAUAACUCGAAGGCCACGGAAAAAAAUACAGUGAAGAAUAAGGACGAGUCUAACGGAGAAGGAAACUCAACACCCCCCGUCGAAAGGAGUGGUACCAGCGUGGGCGUCACUACUAAGGAGGAAUCACACAUUGCGCAAACACCCCCAUUAGACAGCGUUAAUGAAAGGGAUAAUGAAGGAGAGCAAAACGCGAAGGAAAAAAACAAUUCUGCAGAUGCAUCAAGCGCCGUACGGGAUAGCGACACUGAAAUUAGCAGCAACCGUGGGGACUACGUCUCAAAGGAACCCCCAAAAGAGCAGAACGUGCUGCCGACCCCCAUCGGUGAAACCAUAAACAUAAAGAUAAUAACCAACCCUAAAUAUGAAGUAAAUCAAACGGAGGAGAAAGAAAAGAAGAAGCGUGAUACUCAUCCCAAAGUUAGGGGAAAAAAGAAUCGAUCUUCGUCCAAAAGAAGGAGUGGAAGAAGGUACAAAGUAGACAGGGGAGAAACCCGGAAGGAUGACUUGACCAGAAGUGGAAAUUUAGGAAGUGCGAAAUGGAGUGAAGAUUCGCCAGAAGGAGGAAGGGAUGUGGAUCCUAAUGUGGACGUCCAUGUGGGAAGCAGGGCAGAUCAGGGUGGUAAAGCCACUUCACCUGAAGGGGGUGCACACAGUCGAAGCGAAAGCCCAUCGGAGAUGUCCGUCUCAAUAGAAUUGCCGCCAGGAUUGAGUGAAGUCAAGAAGACAGAAGCGGUUAUGAUCCCAGAGAGGGAAAGUGCGGAGGAGGAAAAAGAAUUAAGAGGAAGCUUUCUCCAGAUGAGCGCAGAAAAUGGUCACCAUGCGGACGAAGCAGGCGAGAAUACGAAUGAAACAAACGACAAUAUCGACGAAGCGAAUGGUGAUCCCCAAGACGAACUCAUCCUAGAAAAGGUGAGGGAAGAUAAAAACCUAGAACGUUUCGGAGAAGGAGAAACUGUAGAAGAUAUAACAUCAAUAGAUCCUCCCCUAAUUAGGAGGAAAAAAAAUAUAGUAAAAAAUUCACGUAAGGUGUAUGAUUUAAAUCUGUAUAACUGUACCUUUAUAGAGGACUGGGAUUUGAAUCGUGAAUACAUGGAUGAAGAAGGUUCUUUGGUGAAGUUAAGUGGCUAUGUUUUCCAGAACAUGGUGAAUUCGGAUCUUAUGCCCACGGCAAAUAUAACCGACUGGAAGUUAAAAGGAUCAUGCGAUUACGAUAAAUAUGUGUGUGGCGCUUUGGGCUACAUGAAUAAUGUGUACAGCAAGGGAGAACGGGUUAUAUUUGAGGGUCGAGUGUACGAGGCAACCAGCGAUGCGUACGGAACUCCCAGAGAGAUGGAGAAUGUGUGGGUGGAGAAGACGAAUGACUGUUACGAUUUUUAA